UUCACGACCAAUGGUUUUGAAAGAACAUCAUUCUAACUUGUUGUUUGCUUUUAGUUCAGUGUUGAAGGAUCUUUGGUGUUAUUUUUGCAUUCGUUAUCAAAGACACCUGUUUAAUUCUCAUACAGCAGUUCAGUGACCUGUUUUAUGUGUAUAUAAAGACGGGAACUGAACGAGUGGUGUUGCUGUCUAAAGAGGUGAUAUUUCACAAUGAGGCGUGCUGCAGCUUUUCUGGCGUUGCUGCUCUGUCUGUACUGGACGAGGGCUCAGGGUGAGAGUGGAGGGGCUACAGGGAAUGAUAUCACUCAGACGGAGAUUCAGUCUGAGAUCCUGGGUGUCAAAUCAACCAGUGAUCAGACCAACAUCAGCCCUGACAUCUGGGCUGAGCUGAAGGAGCUGAGAGACAUGGCCAUCGAACACAGUGUGGAGCUGAGGAACAGCAAGAGCAAGAUGGAGAAGCUGGAGCAGGAGAAUACAGCCAUACAGGCCAGACUGACAGCCAGUGAAUACAAGAAUGCAGUGUUGGAGGCCAGAAUGAACGCCAGUGAAAACGAGGUGGUGAAGCUCAAGAUAGAGAGUGCAGAUAUGAUGGCCAGAUUGAAAAUCAGUGAACAUGUGAUGGAGGAGCUCAAGAGAGAGAACACAGAUCUUCUACACAGAGUAACAUCAGUUGAAGAUAAGAACAAAGUGUUGGAGGCCAGAAUGAACGCCAGUGAAAACGAGGUGGAGGAGCUCAAGAGACAGAAUGCAGAUAUGAUGGCCAGAUUGAAAAUCAAUGAACAUGGGAUGGAGGAGCUCAAGAGAGAGAACACAGUGUUGGAGGCCAGAAUGAACGCCAGUGAAAAUGAAGUGGUGAAGCUCAAGAUAGAGAGUGCAGAUAUGAUGGCAAGAUUGAAAAUCAGUGAACAUGUGAUGGAGGAGCUCAAGAGAGAGAACACAGAUCUUCUACACAGAGUAACAUCAGUUGAAGAUAAGAACAAAGUAUUGGAGGCCAGAAUGAACACCAGUGAAAACGAGGUGGAGGAGCUCAAGAUAGAGAGUGCAGAUAUGAUGGCCAGAUUGAAAAUCAGUGAAAACGAGGUGGAGGAGCUCAAGAGACAGAAUGCAGACCAACCAAAGGUGGCGUUCUCAAUUGGUCUCACUGACAGCGGACUAAUUGGACCCUUCAAUACUGACAUCACACUUAAGUUCAGUAAAGUCAUCACCAACAUUGGUCAGGCCUACAGUCCAUCUACAGGUCUCUUCACAGCCCCAGUCAGAGGAGCCUACUACUUCUCAUUCACUACACUGGAUAGACGGAGUAGCGCAUACAGGAAUAUUUAUAUCUAUCACAAUGACAAGAGAAUGUUGUUGAGUUAUAAUUACAGUGCAAAUGCCAACGAAAGUGUUUCUAAUUCACUGGUUCUUCAGCUGGAAAAGGGGGAUGUGGUCUAUCUGGUUUUACCUGCCGGCUAUAGUGUAUAUGAUGAUUCUGGUGAUAUUACUACCUUUAACGGAUUUCUGUUAUUUCCACUGUGAGACUCAAACAUGAGAAUUGAUUUACCCCCAAAUGUUUGGCAUAGUGUAUAAACAAGUCAUACAGUAUUCAUGUGUAUAUGAAAGGAUGCACAUUGUUGCUGUGUUGACUUUGCUCUGCAACAAACUACAUAUGAAAUAAAAGAAUGAAUAUGAGGUUAAA